AUGACCGAUCAAGACAUAACUGAAUUACGAUCUGCUGAUCCAUUUGCGGAUGUGACAGGAACAAAUUCUUUAGGCGAUUCUAAGGCCAGGGGCGGCCAACGGAGUUCCAAUUUAAUACAUAUUCGUAUUCAACAACGUAGUGGUAAAAAAACAUUAACAACUGUUCAAGGUAUUGGUGAAGAAUUUGAUAAAAAACACUUAUUAAAAGCAUUUAAAAAGAAAUUCGCUUGUAAUGGUACUGUAGUUGAUCAUCAAGAAUAUGGAGAAGUAAUACAAUUACAAGGCGAUCAACGUAUUUAUGUUAGUCAAUUCUUAAAAGACAUGGGUAUUGCUUCUGAUGAACAAUUGAAAGUACAUGGUUUUUAA